GGCUGAGGAGGAAGAGGGAGGAGGGGCAGGGGAGUCCUGGCGGAGAAGAGGCCUGGGACUCCAAAGGAGACAACAGGAAGAUGCGCUGGAGUUUUUUCGCGGCCCAACGGUCGUUCCGCAUCCCCUAAAGCACAAGUUAGGCAAAGACGGAAGAAAAGAGGAAGAGACUUUUAUGUCGGCGUACAGAGGAGCUACACCCGUCACCGUUGCCUCACAUCCGGGGCUUUGGAGGGCUGGCCCCGGGGCCCCGCCCCCCCUCGCGCCUUUCAUGGCGAACGGAGGCGGAGGAUGGAAAAGCUGGGUUCGGAGAAGGCCCCUUUAAAUCUUAAAGGGGUGGCCACCGAUCUCUGCCGACUUGAACGCUAGCCUUAAAGGAGAAGCUGUCGAACCGAAGAUUGACAAAUCGUGAACUCUGCUGUUGGGAGAACCGGGACGAUUGGUUUUUCUCUUCUCUGCUCCCGCCCCACGGAAGAAGUCCUUUAAACUCUGCUUAAAGGGGAAGUGGCUGCUUGUGGAGGAGUAGAAACCAGCUCUCGAGCUCUUAAAGGAUCGGCCUGCUGUUAGAAGGACCCUGGACUCCUUAAAGGGGUGGCCUCUUUUAGCCGGAGGACUUGAGACACUUUUAAAGGGAAGGUCUGCGUUUCGGGUCGAGCUUUCGGCCCCUUUUAAAGGGGUGGUCCUUCCUCUUCCUCGGGGAGACUUGCCUCGACCCCUGGCAGGGGGCGGCCACCGCACUAGGCCGGCCGGACACCGGCGGGUCGUCUUAAAGGGGCCGGGGGCUGGACAGCUUGAGGACUCGCCUUAAAGGGACGGCCGCCCCGUUUUCGCCGUCGCGGCCCCGCCGGCCCCACAGGGGGGGCCCUCGGGCUUGUCGCCCCGGGGGCGGCGCCGGCUCUCCGGGCCUUGGCCUUGGGGCGAGUUCGGGGCCAGCAGAUCCUGCUUUAGAGGGGAAGCCGGGGCCUUCUCUUCCCUGAGCCGCCGUCAGCACCGCGCCUGCGACCCCCGGCCUGCGGACAGGCCACUCCGGGCCGCGUCGCCUCCGGAUGCGGCGCUGAGGGCCGUCGCCAUGGAGACAGCAGCGGCCGCAGCCCCAGGCCCGGGCUGGGUGGCCGAGGGGGAGCGACGGCGGCGGCGCUGCUCGCGCCGGGACCGAGACCGGGAACAGCGGCGCCGCCGCGGACCGGGCGGCGACGCGCCCCGGGCCUUGCUGGCCGCCCCGCGCGGCUCUUCGUCGUCGUCGUCGCCGCCGCCGCCCGCCAGGCCCUGGUCCUCCGCCUCGUCGGGUGAGCGGCCCGGGGGCCCGAGGCGGCGGCGACCUCGUCCCAGACCGCGGCCCCCGCGGCCCCGAGCUCGGAAGCGGCCCGCCGGCUCGGGCAGCCGUGGGGAAGAGGAGGAGGAGGAGGAAGAGGGGGGCCCCGACGACGGAGAGGCCGAGGAGGAGCCGGAGGAAGAGGAGGAGGAGGAGGAGGACUUGAUCGAUGGCUUUGCCAUCGCCAGCUUCGCCAGCCUCGAGGCCUUGCAGAAGGAUGCAUCUCUUCAGCCCCCAGAGCGACUGGAACAUCGGCUGAAGCAUUCUGGGAAACGGAAGAGGGGGGGCUCCAGUGGGGCCACUGGGGAGCCAGGGGACAGCUCUGAUCGAGAGCCUGGCCGGCCCCCUGGGGAUCGAGCCCGCAAAUGGCCCAAUAAGCGGAGAAGGAAAGAGGCCUUCUCUCGCCAUUCUCUGGAAGCUGGAUACAUAUGUGAUGCGGAAAGUGAUCUGGAUGAGAGGGUCUCUGAUGAUGACCUCGACCCAUCCUUUACUGUCUCAACCAGCAAAGCCUCGGGGCCCCAUGGCGCCUUCAAUGGGAACUGUGAAGCAAAACUCUCCGUGGUCCCUAAAGUGUCGGGCCUGGAGCGGAGCCAGGAACAGCCCCCAGGGCCCGACCCGCUGCUAGUGCCUUUCCCCCCAAAGGAACCACCGCCUCCACCAGCCCCUCGGCCUCCUGUCUCACCCCCUGCACCCUUGCCGGCCACCCCCAGCCUGCCACCCCCACCCCAGCCCCAGCUGCAGCUUCGGGUCUCGCCAUUCGGCCUCCGCACUUCUCCCUAUGGCAGCAGCCUGGAUCUCAGCACUGGCAGCUCUUCACGGCCGCCCCCCAAGGCCCCGGCCCCUCCCGUGGCUCAGCCUCCCCCCUCAUCAUCCUCUUCGUCCUCCUCCUCCUCAUCUGCCUCCUCCUCGUCCGCGCAGCUCACCCACCGGCCCCCAACGCCCUCACUGCCCUUGCCUCUGUCCGCCCACAGCUUUCCUCCCCCGGGCCUGCGGGCCCCCCCUCCACCCCACCACCCCUCCUUGUUCUCCCCUGGCCCUCCCCUGCCCCCACCCCCACCCCUGCUGCAGGUGCCAGGGCACCCUGGGGCCUCAGCCGCUAACGCCCUUUCUGAGCAGGACCUGAUCGGCCAGGACCUGAACUCUCGCUACCUGAAUGCCCAGGGUGGCCCUGAGGUGGUGGGAGCAGGGGGCUCAGCCCGGCCCCUGGCCUUCCAGUUCCACCAGCACAACCACCAGCACCAGCACACCCACCAGCACACCCACCAGCACUUCACCCCUUAUCCCCCGGGCCUGCUGCCACCCCAUGGCCCCCACAUGUUUGAGAAAUACCCAGGAAAGAUGGAAGGCCUUUUCCGACAUAAUCCGUACAUGGCCUUUCCUCCCGCAGUGCCCGGGCUCCCUCCGGGCCUCCCGCCAGCUGUCUCCUUUGGCUCCCUGCAGGGGGCCUUCCAGCCCAAGAGCACGAACCCUGAGCUGCCACCACGACUGGGGCCAGUGCCAAGCGGGCUCCCCCAGAAGGGGACACAGAUCCCCGACCAUUUCCGGCCACCUUUGAGGAAACCAGGGAAGUGGUGUGCCAUGCACGUGCGCGUGGCUUACAUGAUCCUGAGACACCAGGAAAAGAUGAAGGGUGACUCCCACAAGCUUGACUUUCGGAACGACCUCCUGCCCUGCCUUCCGGGGCCCUAUGGGGUCCUGCCCCCUGGGCAGGAACUCUCCCACCCGGCCUCCCUCUUCACUGCGACUGGUGCCGUCCACGCUGCAACCAACCCUUUCACGGCAGCUCCCGGGGCCCACGGACCCUUCCUGAGCCCCAGCACCCACAUUGAUCCUUUUGGGCGUCCCACAAGCUUCGCCUCCUUGGCUGCCCUCUCCAACGGGGCCUUUGGAGGCCUGGGCAGCCCCACAUUCAACUCCGGCGCCGUCUUUGCCCAGAAAGAAAGUCCAGGGGCCCCACCAACCUUCGCCUCUCCCCCAGACCCGUGGGGCCGCCUGCACCGCAGUCCUCUGGCGUUUCCUGCCUGGGUCCGGCCCCCUGAGGCCGCCCGGACACCAGGCUCAGACAAGGAGCGGCCUGUGGAGCGCAGAGAGCCUUCUAUCACCAAGGAGGAGAAGGAUAGAGACCUCCCUUUCUCAAGGCCCCAGCUCCGAGUUUCUCCUGCUACUCCUAAGACUCGGGCUGGUGAGGAAGGGGCACGGCCAGCCAAGGAGUCUGUGCGAGUAAAGGAAGAGCGGAAAGAAGAGGCUGCUGCUGCCGCUGCCGCUGCUGCUGCCGCCGCCGCUGCCGCCGCUGCCACGGGGCCUCAAGGCCUUCACCUGCUGUUCGAGAGGCCCAGGCCACCCCCCUUUCUGGGCCCUAGUCCACCAGAGCGCUGUGCAGGCUUCCUGGAGCCAGCCUGGUUGGCAGGGCCCCCACGCCUGGCCAGGCCACCUCGCUUCUAUGAGGCCGGUGAGGAGCUGACUGGACCUGGGGCUGUGGCUGCUGCCCGCCUCUAUGGUCUAGAGCCUGCUCAUCCACUGCUAUACAGCCGCUUGGCUCCUCCACCGCCACCCGCCGCGGCCCCAGGAACCCCUCACCUUCUCAGCAAGACCCCACCAGGAGCCCUCUUGGGGGCACCACCUCCACUUGUGCCCGCCCCCCGGCCCAGCUCUCCACCUAGGGCCCCUGGCCCAGCCCGGGCUGACAGGUGAGGGGAGGGGAGGGACCAGCAAAGCUCCAUUCCCCUUUUCCUUUUGAUAAGGCCCUGGGCCUGAGGUUUUUGAGCCAGUGCUGGAAGGCAAAGAUCAUGACCCUCUCAGCCAUCUCUGAGGUCAUGGGCCUGGGAGUAGAACUCCAACCCCCACAAGGUCAAGUAUCCUAUGGACCGUGGGGACACUGGGAGGGUAGAAGUCACAAGCCUCUGGAGAGAGGUGUAUGUGUACAUGAGAAGAGGGGUCAUUUCAGAGGUCAUAGCAGACGACCUCCUGAGGUGCACCAUCAUCCCCUCUGAGGUCCUCUAGGCCCUUGGCCUGCCUCCCCAAGGGCUCACUCAGCCAGAGGCCAAAGUGCUCCCUCCUCUUCUACCAUCCAAGUCCUUGUGCCCUUCUAGGGCUGGAGGAUGAGGGGGCUAAAGGAAAGGGGGUUCCAUGUACAUAUUUAUCACCCCUUCUAUAUAGCCCCCAGACCUUUUGUACAUUUUUACAGGGGUGCCCCUCCCAAUGACCCCUUCCUGGUUAAUUAAAUCCUCAGACUGGUGCUGUGUUCCUAGCCUCUGGCCUCUCUGUGGGGGGAGGGGGGGUCACAGGGGAAAAGCUGGGAGGGGACAAGUAGUAGCCCCAGGGCUUGUCCCUGGGGAUACAUGGGGUCCAGCCAGAGGCAGACCAAGUAGGGGGAAGGACCCUAGGGACCUAAGCUAGAGGGAAACACAUUGUCAGCCCAGGUUCUCCUCAACGAGUUCUGUUAACUUUGUCCCCAGCUCUAAAAAGCUCAACCUUCAAGCCUCAGACGCCACCUCUUAAUGGCUCAGUCCCCACCCCUACCCCAUUUCCAAGUGCCCCCAGGACUCCUGGGCCCUGCUCCACAAAACCCUGUCCUAGGCUGGGGGGUAGGGGGCAAAAAAGGUCACCAUGUACCACACACCAAAGAAGGGGGUUGGCCCUGGGGUGGGCAAUACAGGCAGCUUCUUCAGCAGCCUCACGGCAACAGCCCCAGCCUUCCCAAAGCAGCAGACGCCUCCAGGCUGGGGCCCAACCUAGAAGGCAGGGCUCAGUUUAACAAACCAUAACGUUGACUUUUUUCCCCCGGUGGGGCUUAUUCUGUAACAUGACUUGCGGAUAUUUAUAUAAAAAUGAGUGUUACAAUGAG